CGCCAGCUCGUGGUCCAUAAAGAAGGAAUACUGCGGCAGAAGUUCGUCGUUGCCGUGCGCUGUGUGUUUGUCCCUGAAUUUCUCGUGCGCAUCGGUGUAGCAAGCAAUCAUGUACCACCUGAAGACGAUCGCCAAGAGCGCCACCAUCCGGCAGGAGGUGUCGACGCUGGUGAAGGCGGCCACCGCCGCCCAGCAGCAGCAGCCGAAGCGCACCUACGCCGAGCACAAGAUCCCGGACCGCCUGAAGGAUGUGGCGACCUCGCCCAACCCGCGCUUCUUCGACAUGGUCGAGUACUUCUUCCACCGCGCGUGCCAGAUCUGCGAGGAUAAGCUGGUCGAGGACAUGAAGGGACGCGCCUCGCUCGAGGAGAAGAAGAAGAAGGUGAAGGGCAUUCUGAUGCUGAUGCAGCCGUGCGAUCACAUCAUCGAGAUUGCGUUCCCGCUGCGCCGUGACUCCGGCGACUACGAGAUGAUUACCGGCUACCGGGCUCAACACUGCACCCACCGCACACCGACCAAGGGAGGUAUCCGUUUCUCCCUGGACGUGUCGCGCGAUGAAGUGAAGGCCCUGUCCGCGCUGAUGACGUUCAAGUGCGCCUGCGUGGAUGUACCGUUCGGUGGCGCCAAGGCCGGAGUCAAGAUCGACCCGCGCCAGUACUCGGAGCACGAGCUGGAGAAGAUCACCCGCCGGUUCGCGCUGGAGCUGUCGAAGAAGGGCUUCAUCGGCCCGGGCAUUGAUGUGCCAGCCCCGGACAUGGGCACUGGCGAGCGCGAGAUGUCGUGGAUCGCCGACACGUACGCGAAGACCAUCGGCCACCUGGAUAUCAAUGCGCAUGCGUGCGUCACCGGCAAGCCGAUCAACCAGGGUGGCAUCCACGGCCGUGUGUCGGCCACCGGUCGCGGUGUGUUCCACGGGCUGGACAACUUCAUCAAGGAGGCGAAUUACAUGGCCCAGAUCGGCACGACGCCCGGCUGGGGUGGCAAGAGCUUCAUCGUGCAGGGUUUCGGUAACGUCGGUCUGCACUCCUGCCGCUACCUGACCCGUGCCGGUGCUACCUGCAUCGGUGUGAUCGAGCACGACGGUUCGAUCUACAACCCGCAGGGUAUUGACCCGAAGGCCCUGGAGGACUACAAGAACGAAAAGGGUACGAUCGUUGGUUUCCCGGGUGCGCAGCCGUACGAAGGUGAGAACCUCAUGUUCGAACCGUGCGAUAUCUUCAUUCCGGCCGCCGUGGAGAAGGUUAUCACUGCCGACAAUGCUGGCCGCAUCAAUGCCAAGAUUAUCGCUGAAGCUGCCAACGGACCGACCACCCCGGCCGCCGACAAGAUCCUGAUCGAUCGCAACAUCCUCGUGAUUCCGGAUCUGUACAUCAACGCCGGUGGUGUGACGGUGUCGUUCUUCGAGUGGCUCAAGAACCUGAACCACGUCUCGUACGGUCGUCUAACGUUCAAGUACGAGCGCGAGUCGAACUACCAUCUGCUCGCAUCCGUGCAGGAAUCGCUCGAAAAGGUCAUGGGCUCCGACGACAAAUCCGUCCAGGCCUCGCUGGAGAGACGUUUCGGUAACGUCGGCGGCAAGAUUCCGGUCACCCCCUCGGAAGCGUUCCAGAAGCGCAUCUCAGGCGCCUCGGAGAAGGACAUCGUCCACUCCGGUCUCGACUACACGAUGGAGCGUUCGGCACGCGCCAUCAUGAAGACGGCCAUGAAGUACAACCUCGGCCUGGACCUCCGCUCCGCCGCCUACGUCAACUCGAUCGAGAAGAUCUUCCAGACGUACCGUGACGCUGGACUGGCCUUCUAAAUGCUGCGCCACUGCCAUUGACCAUCAUCGAACUCUAACUCCUCCUCCCCGCCCAUUCUGUGCUUGCUCUCACUCCUCGGAAGGAAAAUGUUACCACCAUCAUCUCAUGCACGGCGGGAGAGGAAACAUCGUUAAACUAAAGGAAAGAGAGCAUCGCUUAAACAUUCCCCCGGACAAAAGGGGAAGGCAAAUAAUCGCGCAGAGAAAAGGACAUAAUUUUCAAUGCCCCAGCAGUAGAAGUAGGAAAUCGUGACACCUUUAGUCCAGUUGAGGAGAACUACUAAUACUAUCUUAUCAUUCGGCUGCACCGGUAGGCAUACCGGAAUACCAUUUUAAAAACCAGUGCUACUUAAGAUGUCGCUGCGGCGCAAACGCAAAACGUACUUUCUUACCUUAGAAAUGUAAGGAUUUAUUUCCUCCUACCUCAAUUUGCGUGCACGCUCGUUCGGGGAAAAAAUAAGCCCCGGACUCCGGCUUCGCAGACGGCACUCCACUCGGUACUUGAGCGCUAAUGGGGAAGCAAGAAACACACACACACACCGCAUUCCAACUCACACAUUCCAUUAGUGAUGAUUUUUGUAACUCGUUUACAUCAACGUGCGCCACAAACACGCUACUUAAUUUGUAAGGUGCUUGCCGCUUUUUUGUUAUCCUUUUUUUUUUGGAUCAGUUUUCCCGCUAGAUUCAUUGUUAUGCUAAGUUGUACCGUUUCGCCAUGAAGCAUUACGAACGCUGAUCGGAAAAGCGCUGUUCCCGCGAACAGUGGGCAGGCAACGAACAAAACUCAAAACACACGUGUGUUUAACAACUAACAAACAUUCCUCUGCGGGGACGACAACAAUUGGAGCCCGGGAAAUAAAGCAACAUCAGUAUCUUUAGAUGUAACGAAAACGAAAACAAAACGAUGUACACUUAUUACUCGUCGUCCACAGCUGCCUUGUGAAAAUUGUGGUCGAUCGUUAUCCAGUGCAAACUGUGUCUCAAUCAAGUGAGGCAGUAUCUUCGGAAUAGAGAAAACUUAUGCCACAUCAUCUUCUUGCCAAGACAAGAAGGAGGUUUUACUACGACGAAACACGGUGUGCAUCUCGCGAACGACCUAUCACGGACAGAUACGCAAAGGCAGCAAGCAACUUACAAAACACUUGUCGGAAAACAAAUAACGUGGCGCGUCGAAAAUGCUGCAAAAACUUCAAUAAAUUUAAAA